CUCAUCCUCACCUGAAGCUAGCUAGCUAGUUUUCAAGAACUUAUAUUUCCCAUCUCACUUGCCAUUGUCUCACAUAUCUGCAUUAUGAUACAUAGAGGGAGCGAGGAUGGAGCGCAAAAACUUUAUGCAUGAGCAUACACUGCGCUUCUUUGAAGAGUGGAGCAAUGUCACUAGAGGUGUAAAUUGCUCAUCAGGAUGUGGGCAGCCAAUCUCAACUCAGUUCCAUGCGUGCAUCCCCUCAUGUAACUUUUGUCUUAAUGUUACCAAUGGAUUUAUGUACAAGUGUCGUUCUUGCGAGUUCUACCUUGACACCCAAUGUGCUUUGCUCAUCACCAAAGAUCUCCCAAAACGUGAUCAUCAUUUUAGCCAUGUUGAACACCCACUCGUCUUCGUCAAAAUGCUCAGCGACGAAGUUGAAAUACAUUCUUCCUGCUCUGUUUGCUCAAAACCAUUAUUGGGCACUUCUUUUUACAAUUGUCCUGAUUGUGGAUUUUUCCUUCACAAAGAAUGUGAGGCAGAGUUGUGGCCUAAGAUUGAGCAUGUUGCCCACCCUGAACACCCUCUUAUUCUUGUAUUUUCAAAAAUGCGUACCUGCAACUUUUGCCAAGGCCGAAGUUAUGUGAAGAAAUUUGGAUAUGAAUGCUCCCCUUGUGACUUUUAUAUUCAUCAUGAGUGUACCUGUACCUUACCCAAGUCCUUCCAUAAAAGUAAGAUCCAUGACCACCAGUUGAGCCCAUUCAUGAGGAAAAAUCCCUUCAUUUGCGAUGCAUGUGGGGUGGAAGGAGAUGGUGCUCGCUAUGUUUGUUUGAAGUGCAGCAUCAUGAUCCAUCGGGAUUGUAUUUUCCUGCCAAAACUCAUCAAAUUCAAACUGCACAAUCAUCAUAUACUCGGCCACAACUACAGGUUUCCACAAAAAGUGGGUGAAAAAUGGACCUGUCAAUUUUGUUUCAAAAAGGUGGUGGCAGAGUAUGGGAGUUACAAAUGUUUGCACUCAGAUUGUACUUAUGUUCUUCAUGGGAGAUGCGUAAAAAAGAAUAAAGAUCGUCUUUAUAUCGAAGUUGAGUCAGAGAAUGAAGAAAGUGAUGAUGAGGCUUCUUCUUCUUCAAGUUGUGCUGUGGCGCUAGGAGACAAGAUAGAUCAUUUCAGCCACGAGCAUGAAUUAGUGCUUGAUAAGGAGGAGAUUAUUAUGAAUGGUGAUAAAAAAUGUUGCGAUGGCUGUGCAUUACCGAUCUUGGAGGCCGCUUAUAGUUGUCCACAAGCAGAGUGUAAUUUCUCCCUUCACAAGGCCUGUGCCCAAAUUGGAAAGCACAAACCACAUUGGGCUUCCCAAGAUCCUCUUCAAGUCAGCAUGAAGCGCCUUUUUAGUUGUCAAUUUUGUGAGUAUGACUGCAGCGGUUUUUAUUGCUUUGAAAACAGAUAUGGUAUUUGCUUCAGAUGUAGUGAGAUCUAUUUCAUCACUACCCAUGAAGCACAUCCAUUGCAUCCCCUCUUCUGUGAUCGAGAGCACAAGGGACAAUGUAGUGGCUGCGGUAAAAAAAUGGGUCGUUAUGGUGGUUACAGAUGCACGCUAGCAGAGGAAGAGGAGAAAUGCAAAUUUUUUGCCUUGGACUACAGAUGCCUGACACGGCCCCUUACAGCUGAACAUAGGUUCCACCAUCACCCUCUAAAACUCACUUAUGAAGAUCCUUACAAGGAUGAUGAUGGUGAUCCAUUUCAACACAUGUGUGAAAUCUGUGAAGAUAGAAGAGAUCCAAAGCUGUGGUUUUAUCGGUGUGAUGAGUGCGAUUUUGAUGCUCAUCCCGAUUGCGUUCUUGGAGAUUACCCAUUCAUCAAGCGCGGGACCAUUUGUUAUUAUCAUCCCUAUCUGAAUUGUGAUUCUCAUCAACAACCUCUCAUAUAUUUCCAGAGGGAGAAAUAUCCCUAUCCGAAAUGUCUUGCUGCUUCCGCGAACGAUUUCCUGCUUAGGUUUGUGCCCAUCAUUUGCUGGGUUUGCUUUCUGAAAAUAACAGUGCAGAUUCGGCCACCGGCAAUGAAGACUUUGCCCUUGAUUCCAUGCUCUGUGUCUCAAAUUUAAGGCUCAUACCAGACCAAAACGAUGGAGAAGAGGAAAUUCACACAAAGGGAUGCCUUUACUAUUCUUCUGCUAUAAAAUCCA